AUGGCGGCAGAGAUCGUCACUCCUACCAAUCGCAGCGUCGACGAGAAGGAAGGCUCUCCUUCAGCCGAGCUUGCACCUGUCUACUACACGGUCUCCCAGAAUGGUGGACGCAGAACGGGUACCAAUGCUGCCAGAAAGAUCAGCACCCUCGGCGCCACAGCAGGCACCGUCAAAAAUGUAGCCGCCGACGGAGACAUCAUCCUGCUGCCGACACCCAGCAAUGACGUCAAUGACCCUCUCAACUGGUCACGAGCCUACAAGUGGUACAUGACCUGCGUGGUCUGCAUGGGGGCCUUCAUGUCCAACCUAACCACCGCUGGUCCCAGCAUCGCAAUCAUCCAGACAGGCAUGACUUUCCGCACCGAACCCGCAAAGACCGCCUACCUCUUCUCGUGCGCCUCCCUGAUGCUGGGUGGUUCCAUGUUCUGGUGGUCGCCGCUGACCAGCAAGUUCGGCAAACGCCCCAUCUAUGUGCUGUCGUACCUCGUCUACUGCGCGACAUGCUUUGCGGCAGGCGGCUGCAAGACCUUUGCGGCCCAGCUGGCAGUUCGCAUGAUCAUGGGUGCCACCGCAGGAGCCGGAGAGAUGCUCGGUCCUCUCACGAUCAACGACAUCUGGUUCCUCCACGAAAGGGCGACGCCGAUGGCCGCGUACAAUGCUUUCCUGUCCGUCGGCGUUGCGUUCGGGCUGAUCAUCGACGGUGCAAUCAUCAACAAGUAUCCUUGGCAGUACAUCUACUGGAUCAACGGCUCCAUCGUCGCCGUUCUCUGCUUGCUGGUCACUUUCACCUUCCCCGAGACCUCGUUCCGCCGACCUGCUCUCGAGACCGUCACAAAAUCCCAGCAGAGGGACCUCGAUGCUUCCAAAAAGCACACUUGGACUCAGAACCUGCGUCUCUACAGCGGCAUCUGGACGACCGAGAGUCUGCCCACGCUCUUCCUCCGACCCUGGCUCGCACUGAUGCUCCCCGCGGUAGCCUGGGCUGCCGUCGUGUGGGCAGUGUCGGUUGGAUUCGUCGUCGCCGUCACCACCAACGUGGCUCUAGCAUAUGGCAUGACGUACCACUUUGGGCCUCUCCAAGUAGGUCUCUGCUGGUUUGCCGGCGUCAUCGCAAGUCUGCUAGGCCUCGUCUCGGGUCCUCUCGCCGAUUACAUCAGCCACAGAUCCGUCCUAAGGAACGGCGGCAUUCGCGAGCCAGAGAUGCGUCUGCCUGCCAUCAUCCCUUCCAUCUUCACAGCCCCGCUCGGCCUCGUCCUCUACGGAGCAGGCAUCCACUACCGACUGCAUUGGAUCGUUCCCACCUUGGGUAUUGCCAUCUCGACCUGGACCAUUGUCGCCGGCCCAGUCGUAGCCCUAGUCUACGCCGUCGACUCGUACAAACCAAUCACGGAAGAGGUCGUGACCUGUAUCUUGGGCUACAAGUCGCUGCUCGGAUUCUUGCUCUCAUUCUACACCAACAAAUGGACUAUGAACGAAGGUUACUUGCAAUCCUUCGGAGAGAUGGCCGCCAUCUCUGCAGCCGCUUUCUUCUUCGUCAUUCCCUUUUAUAUCUGGGGACGUGGGAUCCGUCAAGCUUCGUUGAAGUGGAAAGUCUUCCGGAUCAUCCAGUGGCAUACAGACCGCGAUGACUUGAUCCUCGAAGAUGAACUGGAUUGA